AUGUCUUGGACACGCCUUAUUCGGUUCGUCGAUGUAAAUGGGGAAGAGCACUACGGUGAUGCGUGCAUCGAGAAGGAUACCGAGCUGCGAGAGAGAUUAGCGGCCAACGAAUUAUAUGCCGUUAGGAUCGAAGGUAAAAGCCCGUUUGGUCAAACGAAAAGAGGAGACCGCGUCCAAGUCAAGAGUCUGAGAGAUAUUCUCAGGCCAGAAGAAGUGCCGAUCAUACGAUGUAUCGGGCUAAAUUACAUCAAGCAUAUUCAAGAAGGAGGUCGGAAGCCACCCCCUUAUCCAUCCGUAUUCAUUAAGCCAUCAACAUCUAUUGCGGGAUCUACAGAAGACAUCCCAAUCCCAAAGAUCGCUCAAGACGGCACAUUAGAUUAUGAAGGAGAAUUGGCGAUUGUUAUUGGCAAGACAGGAAAGAACAUUCCGGAAACCUCUGCUCUCGAGUACGUAGCAGGGUACUGCGUCGCUAAUGAUGUUUCCGCUCGUGGUUGGCAGCGAGAUCCUGCUAAGGCAGGUGGCGUUCCGCAGUGGUGUUUCAGUAAGGGGUUCGAUAAAUUCGCGCCGUUAAGUCCUAUGCUAGUGUCCCCCUCCGUAGUCGGUGCAGCGAAUGAACUCCACUUGCAAACAUUUGUGAAUGGAGAGGAAAGACAGAACACUAGCACGGGGGACUUACUUUUUGGCGUUGAAAAGAUCGUGAGCUUUUGCAGCCAAGGUACAACGUUGGAAGCGGGUACUGUUAUUCUGACGGGAACCCCUUCUGGGGUUGCUAUGGGGAUGAAAGAGCCCAAAUAUUUGAAUGAUGGUGAUAUCGUGGAGGUGAGGAUAUCUCAUCUAGGGAGUGUUAGAAAUAAGAUGGCAUUUGAAUAAUUUUGGAAAAGAUUAGUUAAGCUAGAUGAGGUAGAAACUGAGAGCUAAUGACCUCUGAACGUUGGUAUCCUAAUAAAGAAUCCCGCUAGGCAUGCUGUUCAGCCAUUGGUAAUUGUCGACAUCAAAAUCGAAAGAGUUAAUAUCGAAAUCUGUUGGAUUUAUAGGUUCG